AUGCACUUCCGAUUUGCUGGCGGGACACGCGUUCCAGUCCUCGUCCUCGUCCUCAAUAAGAACAUCUGUCCCCAGACCAAGGAUUCGAGCGAGAAACGGAGGAAGCCGUCUCCGGCGUCGCCUCCGCCGUCGCUUCAGUUGCUCCUGUUAAGUGGGGCACCGUCACAAGGCAGACGCCCCAAAAAUAGACCCCUCAGUCAAGGGGAGGUGGUGCAGGGGGAGCAGGAGUCAAAGGAGGAGGAGGAGGAGGAGAAGCAGGAGGAGAUGCCGCCCAGUACCGUUCUGCAAAUGCCGCCGGCUCCGUCCUCGUCGAAAUCCGGCCUGGUGCUGGGCGUCUGCUGUGACCAGCUGAUGGCAUUGCAGUCAGUGCAGCGGGCAUCCGGAGUGGCAGCAUCUAAAGGUUCCCCGGAUUGGGGGAGCCACAAGGCGAAACAUCUUGAGGGGGCCACCGCUUCCAAGUGGGUUCCACCCUUUUUCAUUAUCCUCGUUUCGCUCUUGGAGAUCCUCGUGUUUCUAUGGGUGAAUGCAGAUCCGCCCGAGGACUCGCUGCUGGUGUAUCGUCCUGACCAGCGCCUCCAGCUGUGGAGAUUCUUCAGCUAUGCCCUGCUCCAUGCUAGUUGGCUCCACCUGGGAUACAAUGUGCUCACCCAGCUGCUAUUCGGAGUACCCUUGGAGUUGGUACAUGGAUCAUUGAGGACGGGGGUCAUCUAUUUGGCCGGAGUUUUGGCUGGAUCUUUGGGAACUUCUGUGGUGGACUCGGAGGUUUAUCUGGUGGGUGCCAGUGGCGGGGUCUAUGCAUUGCUGGCCGCUCAACUAGCCAGUCUGUUGCUUAAUUUCGGCCAGAUGCGACAUGGAGUUGUACAGCUUUUGGCUGUGAUUGCUUUUGUCUUCUGCGAUUUAGGCUACGCUUUGUACUCUCGGGAACUGGCAGUGCAGCAUUUACAGACGCGACCCUCGGUCUCUUAUAUCGCCCACAUGACCGGAGCUCUGGCCGGGAUCAGUGUGGGUUUGUUGCUCCUCCGGCAGCUGGAUGGUGAGCUACGACCACGCCCCCUUCGCUGGCUGGCCCUGGGCGUAUGGUGCCUAUUCAGCGCCUUCGGAAUCGCCUUCAACCUGGUCAACACGAUCACGGCCCAGUUGCUGGCGGAGGAAGAGGGUCAGGUGAUCAGGCAGCACCUAUUGAAUGACCUCGGAAUGGGAUGAUCCGAGACAGAAGCAAAAAGACUGCAUCCCGCUCAUAUGUCUCCUCUUAUGUAUUAGUCUAGUCACUAGUCGGUAAGACUUUCCCCAGGACAGUGUGCUCAAAAGACAUAUCUAUCGGAUAUCCUGGCUCCCACUUCAAGAGGGGAUCGCUCAAAAUACUCUUAGCUCGUAAGUCCCAACAUUUAUCUUAUGCCAAUGCCAAAGGAGUGGAGAUGGGCCUUUCAAGAACUGAGCCUGGCUCACAUCAAAGACUUAGGAUCGGGUUUGGGUUGCUAUCUAAUUGAUGGACUCCUCCAUUGAGUUGCCUAUUUAGUUUUAAUGCCAAACCAUAGCUUAAAGACAUACUAUAUAUCCAAAUCAAAUUAUUAAAAGAAUUUCCAAACGAGAAUUCUAACUCAAUAAA